UCACUGCUCAGCCGCCCGAGUCCACUGAGCCCGCCUCGGUCGCGGCGUCGGCAGCCGAAGCCGAACCGUACCGUCUCCAAACCACCUGCUAGAAAUAGCGCCCAAACGCCGUGAGCCACCAACCCCCUUCCCCGUGAGCUCGUGCGCCUCGCAGUCGUCGUGUGGUAGUCGCUUACCCCGGCUGGACUCCUUCCUCCGUGUCCGUCGCCUUCGCCUCCCCAGAUCCGGUCCCUAUGGCGAGGAAUCCGGGCUGCGCCGUCUACAUAGGUAACUUGGAUGAAAAGGUCUCGGAGAGGGUUUUGUAUGAGAUUCUUAUUCAGGUAGGUCGUGUAGUAGACUUGCACAUACCCCGUGACAAGGAAACUAGUCGACCCAAAGGUUUUGCUUUUGCUGAGUAUGAAACAGAGGAGAUUGCCCAGUAUGCUGUUAGGCUGUUUUCUGGCCUUGUUCGGCUUCACAAUAGAACACUUAAAUUUGCGAUCUCUGGGCAAGACAAGGCCUCUUCAAAUGUCAAUGUUCCUGUAACACCUAAAAUGAACCCACUACCAAAUCCACCUCAACCAAUGAGAUUUGGUGAUACUCCUGUGUCACAACAUAGAGUGGUAAAUGGUAGGAUUGCAGGCUAUGGUGUUUCUCCAAAUCAUUCUUAUGAUUUCCAUUCCCAAGCAUCAAGUGGGGUAGCAAGUAGAGGAUUAAGUGAUGGUACAUAUGAUUAUAGUAGACGUGUAUUUGGUUCUGUUCUGAAUGAUGUUAGCCGUCGAGCUGACAGACAACCAGUUCCAUACCCGUCCUACUAGCAUACUGAGCUCCAAUGAAUGAAACAUCGGCCAGUGCAGCCAUUGUUGUCUCAGCCCUUCCGUAGGGUCAUCUGGGUACUUGCCAUUACAUCCAUGUAAAUAUGGCUUAUGGUAGUGAAUGUGCGUGUCUGUCUGGUUGUUCUGUUGUUUUCUGCAUGGUAUGGAGGCCUGUCGCUGAUGGUUAGGUUCCAUGCCUUAUCUUCCUGAUAGGAUAUUGCCUCCACUAAUGUUGCUGUAGUACUUUCCCUAGUCAUAGGGAUGGGGUUACAGUAUUCUCAGUUCAAAAUAUGUGAACUAGUAUGUUAUUUGUUGUUUGUCAUGUGAGUUGGAUCUGUAUUAUGUUGGGACAUGAAUGGUAAAAAACCCUACAAAUCUGCCAUCUAUCUUUAAACUUAUCUAUAAUUGCUUGUUGUUGAUGA